CUUGACUUUUCUUCCAGUCUUAAGGCUCAAACUCCCUAUCCGCAUAAUGCGGUGGUUGAUUCUCGUCUUACUGGCUGUGGGCAGCUCAGCUCAGGAAUGGGACGCCUACAACUUCCCGAAUCCCACCGCGGGUCAAUUUAAAGAAUGCAAAAUGAGAACAACUGCCAAUAUCUGCGACCCUGACGGUGUUCUCUCGGAACAAGCUCGAUAUAGGCUCGAUCACGAUCUCAAACAACUAGAAAGUAGGACUAGACAAGAUUAUGGUCGCACAUUCUGUGAUAAGAAAGGAGUGACAGCGGCCAUGGCUAUAGCACGACAUGUGAAAGGAGGAUCUACAGAGGCUGUAAAAAACAUGGCGAACGAAAUGCUCAGAAAAUGGACGUUAGAUCCUCAGUGCCAGAAAGCUGUUGUUUUUGUGGUGUCCACGGAUGACCAAAAGUUCUGGGUUGCUCGCGAUGAUAAAGUACCGGUAUACGGAGAUGAAUUCACCCAAAUUUUCAUGCAACAGAAGCCACUUUUCCAACAGAACAACUAUCAGCAGGCUCUUACCAAUAUCAUGCAGCAAACAUGGGAGAAAGCUCUAGCCAAACAGGGAUCACCCAAAACGUCUGGUAGCGGUGGUGGUACCAUCCCAGCUGGACCGAAGCCAGGAUAUGACGAUGGUGGCAGAGGUAAACCAAUGGGCGGUGGAGGCUUUAAAGCGCCAUCGAUUCCGGGCUGGUUCUGGUUCGCAUUGGUUGGUGUCAUCAUCCCACUUCUGUGCUGCUGUUUAUGUUGCUAUUGCUGUUGCUGUAAAGGAAAAGGAGGCGGUGGAUCAGCUCCAAGAGCUGCUGGUGGAUAUGAUGAUUCAAGAGGAAUGAUGGGUGGAGGAGGCGGAGGACCUGCACCACGUGCUGGCGGUGGUGGAGGUUCUAUGUGGCGAAAUAUGGCCUCUUCCAUUGGUGGAGCAGGAAUAGGAUCAAUGCUUGGUAACUUGAUCUCAGGACGAGGACGACGCGGUAUGGGAGGUGGAGGUUUUGCCGGAGGUGGUUAUCCAGGAGGAUCUUACCCUGGAGGAGCCUACCCAGGUGGAGGUGGUGGAGCUUAUCCUCCAGGCCCUGCUGUUGUUUAUGACGAUAGAGGUGGAGAGGGUGGAGGAGGUCUGUAUCCAUCGAAACCCGUCAAGGACGAAGGAGGUGGUGGAAGUUGGGCCUAGAACCAUAUCGCUUCCACAGCUCCUCUAAUCCAAUAACCUCCUAUCAAAAACCAACGAUAACCACUUUGUCGAUCAAAUUAUUAUUUGUAUACCAAAAUUUUUGCGAAAUGUUCUCAUAGAGCGCUUGCAAUUUUGCUGCUUUUUGUCGGGUCAGUCGACAGUCAGCCUCUAAGCCUAAGCUCGCUGAAAUACUUUGUAUCUUGCUUGGCUCACAUAUGUGCUUUGUUGGUCUAGGUUUCUCAAACAAGGCGGCAGCCCUACGCUCUUUAAUGGCUUCAGUUAAAAGUUUUGAGAAUCUCAUAUUUUACUAUAGCUCUUUCCACAUUAUCUUCAAAGAAGAUAUCUGUUCUUUUGUUAUACAAUGUGAAGAUAGUCAUAAUAUAAUGUUGAUUUGAUGUAUAUAAAAGCUU